CAGACAGCCCUCCCUGAGCCUUCUUUUUGCUCCAGGCACAGCCGCCCCGACACUCCUAGCCGAGCGCCAUGGCCCGCACCGCGCUCCCCGCCACUCCCCGCCUCCUCCGGGCGGCGCUGCUUCUCCUGCUCCUGGUCGCCGCCGGCCGGCUCGCAGCAGGGGCGCCCAUGGGCUCCGAACUGCGCUGCCAGUGCGUGAAGACCGUGCAGGGAAUCCAUCUGAAGAACAUCGAAACUUUGAAAGUGACGUCCCCGGGACCCCACUGCGCCCAAACUGAAGUCAUAGCCACUCUCAAGAAUGGGCAGGAUGCUUGUCUCAAUCCCGCAGCCCCCAUGGUUAAGAGAAUCAUCCAAAAGAUGCUAAACAGGAGCGGCACCAACUGACCUAGUGAGGAGGAAGCCCGUAGGUGACUGUCCUGAAGAAGGUUCUGUCCUUAGAAGAACCAAAGGGAAAGAAGAGAAACAAAUGGCUCCUAGGGAGACCUGGACUGUGCUUAAUGUAUUUGACUGUUUUCCAUGAGUUCUAUUUAUUUAUAUAUGUAUUUAUUUAUUUUUCAAAAUUUCUAUUUUAAUGUUUUACCUGGUAUUUAAAGAUAUGAAUUUGUCUGGUAAUUUACUGAAUUGUUAUUUUUAUAGUAAGUAAAAGUUCAUUCCUGACUAUUAUUUAAUUUGAAGAUGAUGGGUUUUAAAUGUUCUUCAGUCAUUAAGCUGAUAUUUUGGUGGAGCCCACAGUAUGCCAGCCACUGUGACAGAGGUUGGAGGUAAAUUGUGGGAGAUCCAAGCAAAUACUGUUAGGAUAGGGGAGUGUGUGUACAAACGUCUAUGUUUGUAAAUGUUUAGAAGAAUGUCAGUUGUUAUUUAUUGUUGUUCCAUGACGUGGUCAGCAUUUCACAGUGAACAUUUCAGGUGUUGAAGCUUUGAAAACUACACUGUUCUAAAUAUCCCUUGGACAUUUUAUGUCUUCCCUUGUAAGGCAUAAUGCCUUGUUUAGCAUAAAUUAUGCAAUGUUUCUCUGUGUCUUGGAAUGGAGUUGUUUGAA